AACCUCUUCAAAGUGUUCAUCACACAUCUUGACAUUUCCUCGAUAGAUUUUUAGUGAGCUGCAUUAGAAACCAGGGUGCUUUAACAUAAAACAUUAGCUUCAUGCAGAGACGAAUUCGUAGUCAAGCAGCAACUUAAUCUUACACUGACCAUUCUGACUCAUAGAUUAAAAAUCUCCAAAGUACAGUCAUAACAAGCGAGUUCACCUCACUAUAAAUACUCGAAACAACAUUGAAGUAAAAGACUUCUAAUACAAAUAAUCUAUCAUUGCUCAUUGCAAUUACUAUUUUUGGCACCAACACCUCUAUCGCGGAAAGGGGCAGAAACAGCUCCCAGCCCUCAAUAAUUCACCCUAUCCAAUAUAAUAUAGUACAAAAUGCACAUUCCCUUCACCACCCUCGACGUCUUCACCUCAACCCGCUAUCUCGGUAACCCUCUGGCUAUCAUUCGUCCCCCGACUCCUAAUUCCCUCUCCCAAACACAAAAACUUCAAAUCGCUAAAGAAUUCAAUCUUUCCGAAGUUGUGUUCCUUCAUCUUCCUGAGAAAGAAUCACUAGAUUCAAAUUCAAACCCGAAGGAACUUAAAAUCGAUAUCUUUACUGCUGAUGCAGAGAUUCCUUUCGCGGGUCAUCCUACGAUUGGUACUGCUUUUUAUGUGAGAAAUUAUUUGGGUUUGCGGAGUGUAGAAGCGUUAGUUACGAAGGCUGGGAGAAUCCCCAUUUCAUUUCCUGAUGACGGGAAAGGAAAAACACCCACUGCGCAAAUCCCCCACAACAUACACAUCCACACCCAAACCUUCUCCUUCCGACACUUCACCACAGCCCAGGAAAUCCAAUGUCCAAUAAUCUCGAUCGUAAACGGUAUGAGUUUUAUCCUCGUUCAUCUCCCUUCUUUGGAAGAUCUUGAAAGAGUACAGGAAAUUGGGAAUCUUAAUAAAGAUGCGUAUUUUGUGGAGUUUCUGGAUGAGGGGUGGAGGAGUGGGCUUUGUUGUACGAUGUUUUUUGUAGGGACGGGGUGGGAAGGCGGGAGAGGGAUGUAUAGGACGAGGAUGUUUGCCGGAAUGGAGGAUCCUGGGACGGGGAGUGCGAGUUGUGCUUUGGGGUGUUGGUUGGGUUUGAAGAGGGUGGAAGGGGAUGUGAAUGGAGGUGGAGAUGGAGGGAUAGUAAAAAAGUUUGGGUUUGUGCAGGGAGUUGAGAUGGGGAGGAGGAAUGAUAUAUUUGUAGAUGUGAGGAUGAGAAGUGAUGGGGGUGCUGUUGAGGACGUAUUGUUGAGUGGUGAGGCAGUUAAGGUUAUGGAGGGGACGUUGGAGGUUUGAGAGUGCUCUGUUAUAUAGAGCAAAGGGAAACUGCAGGAUUGAUGUUCAAGUCAUCAAUCAGUUUAUAUUCGUAAUUUCUCCCUCUGUGAAAUUUUGAAUGACUUU